GGCGCGCACUGCACAGCGGUCUCCCCGCGCCGCCGCCCCAGCGGACCCGCCAGCCCGCGCGCCGGCCGUGCGCCCUCGGUGCUCGCCCGCCGGCCCCACAGACAGACAGCCCGACCCCGCCCCGACCCCGCCCGCCCUCUGGACCCUGGCCGCCCCGAGUGGAGACAGGAGGUGAGCGCUGGAAGCCUACGACAAAAUGAUGCUUCAACACCCAGGCCAGGUCUCUGCCUCGGAAGUCAGUGCCUCUGCCAUCGUCCCCUGCCUGUCCCCUCCUGGGUCACUGGUGUUUGAGGAUUUUGCUAACCUGACACCCUUUGUCAAGGAAGAGCUGAGGUUCGCCAUCCAGAACAAGCACCUCUGCCACCGGAUGUCCUCGGCGCUGGACUCGGUCACCGUCAGCGGCAGACCCCUCGAGAUGUCAGUCACCAAAGCCGAGGUAGCCCCUGAAGAAGAUGAAAGGAAAAAGAGGCGACGGGAAAGAAAUAAGAUCGCAGCUGCCAAGUGCCGAAACAAGAAGAAGGAGAAGACAGAGUGCCUGCAGAAAGAGUCAGAGAAGCUGGAGAGUGUGAAUGCUGAACUGAAGGCCCAAAUUGAGGAGCUCAAGAAUGAGAAGCAGCAUUUGAUAUACAUGCUCAACCUGCACCGGCCCACGUGUAUUGUCCGGGCUCAGAACGGGCGGACUCCAGAAGAUGAGAGAAACCUUUUUAUCCAACAGAUAAAAGAAGGAACGCUGCAGAGCUAAGCAGCCAUGGUAUGGGGGCAACUGGGAGAGUCCUCAGCGAAUCCUCCUUUUACAUCCGAAACCCUGAAGCCAUUGGAGAUCUGACUUCCUGUGCACCUCUCGAAUCCUGGCAGCAAGGAACCAUCAGGGCAGGAGGGCCCUUGGUGACUCAGCUGGGCCUUUCCACUCAUCUCCAGAGUGGACUUUGGACCUGGGCAAGGGCAUCUUUUGCCUCAACUCCAGGAUUUAGACCUUAACAUCCUGGCCAUCCUUGGAUUCUCCAGAAGGCCCCUGGUUAGGGUCCUGCCUGCCUUUCAUCUGGAUUCUGCAAUAACCAGGACUCCCACCAUUAGGAUUCACGCGAAUAAGUGUCUGUACCUUGGGUGCGUGGGGUGGGGCCACCUCCUCCGCUGCCACUGCCACUGUCACUUGUAGGGGACGUGGCGUGAGAAUGGCAUUUCGUGAAGUUGUGCAAUGGCCAGGGUUGUGCUUUCUAGCAAAUAUGCUGUUCUGUACAGGAAUUACUGUGUGCAAGGAGUUCAUUUCAAAACUAGGCAUUGUGCUCUUCUGAGGUUUGCGCCACACAACACCGCUGUGACUUUUUCGUGACUUUCCUCAGAUCUGGUUUCUGAGAGUCUGGGGGGGGCGUUAUCAGCACAUGCAGUGUCUUGCAAAGUGUUCACGUGGCCAGAAGAGCUUGUCAGCCCCGGGAGAAGAGAACUGUGCCGGCCAGCACUGAGUGCAGUCUUGUGCCAACAGAGAAGGCCUCUUCCCCUUGGCACCCAGGCACCUCUGUUGAAAACUCAGUUAUAAUGUCACAGGAAGAAAGCAGAUACAGAGUCCAGCUUCCAAAGGGUUAGGAUUCUCUGCUCAGUGACUUAGGUCAGGAAUUUUUUCUAGGUCGGAAGAGCCAAAGAAUAUUCCACUUUCCUUUUCUUGUGGUUGGAACCACAUUCGGUGAAGAUGCAUUUGAAGGCAGGUGAUGCCCAGGCUUUAGCAUUAUUAAAUGUUAACGGCAUUGUUUCUGUCAUGCAGAUGUUUGUAGAAGUCUGGCCCACAGCAUUUAUAGCUGUGAGACAGUCACUCACACUGGCCACUGGCUACUGUCUGUUUCAAUUCUGACGUUUCUGUGAAAUCCUCAGAGUGUUUAAUCCUACUUAGUAGUAUCAUUACAAUUUUCUGUAAGAGAAAAUAUUACUUAUUUAUCCUAGUAUUCCUAACCUGUCAAUGUAAUAAAUAUUGGAACCAAGACAUGGUGAACU